UUUAGUACAUUGUGAUACACUUAAAACAAAUGAAAAUCGUUUGGUGUGGCGCAGUUUUACGGAUGCUACAGCCACAGCAACAUCAACGGCAUAUCGCCCGCAAAGCGUGCACUGAGCGGGAUGGCUGCAUACUCUUUGUACGUGUAUCGGGUUUAAAAAUCAAAAAGUGCAUAUCACCAAUAAGUGUAAAGGCUACAGCUUUUCAGCACUGCCGAGUGAGCUAGUGAUUUGGUGACCGAGUGUAGUAAAUAGUGAGAAGAACAAUCUCCUUUAGAUAAUAUUUGUGUGCAUGUAGAGCAAAGCACUUGUUCGUAACUACUGACCCAUAUAUGUAUGUACAUAUAUGGUAGCUCAUAUGCACCGAAGUUAUAGGACGUGCUCUGGAUAUUCUCUAAUAUUAUUUAUGUGUAUGCGUUUAAAACGGAAGUGCAUUGAUUAUAAAAAUCUAUAACUACGGAUUAAUAUUUGUAAAAAGUUCUCGGUCAAUAUACUAUAACUAACCUAAGAAAGACUGACAACAUACAUACAUAUGUAUAUGAAAUGUUCAUAAAUUACAAAGAAGUCAAGACAGGUCAAGUUCAAGGCAACUCAAAGAAAGAAUGUAUCGCGAUUUCAUAUUUGCGCUUAAUUGCAUACUCGAAAUUUUGCUGCUUCACUACAAUCUAAGGCAAUUUAAUGAAGAACAAUGGAAUCUAAACUAAUUUGGAUAAUAGCAAUAUUUUAUUCAACUCUUCAACAUAUCAGUUCCGCUUCAUCACCCUUGAAACGACCUCGAGCAGGAGAUCCCUUUGACACAUUUCCAAAAAAUUUUUGGCAAGAAUUCUCCUCCCCAUUUACGGACACACCCGAAGAUGAGGAGGCUGAAAUAACGGAAACCACAACUCACGAACCGUUUCCUUUCUUUGCUGAUCCAUAUACAACUGUAAACGUCAGUACGCAAUUAAGUUCGAAUGUACAUCUACAUUGUAGAGUCAACGACUUACAAGGAAAAACGGUAUCGUGGAUGCGGCGCAAAGGUGAUGAGUUGGCCCUGAUCACCUUCGGUCUUCACACGUACAGUGGUGACGCAAGGUAUUCCUUGGAGUUCGAAGAGCCAAAUGACUGGAAGCUUUCAAUACAAUAUGCAAAUGAACAUGACGAAGGACCGUACGAGUGUCAAGUCUCUUCACAUCCGCCUUUAGUAUUGUUAGUAUAUUUAACUGUAAUUGAAAUAAGCUCCAAACAUUUCUAUCACUUGGCAGUUCCUCACGUGGAAAUACUCGAUGAACGAGAUUCAGCCACUCCUGAGAAGUAUUAUAAAGCUGGAAGUACCAUUGAACUAAAAUGUGUAAUUUCGAAAAUACCGCAGCCGUCAUCUUACAUCACUUGGCAGCAUGGUAAGCGAAUGCUGAACUAUGACACCAGUCGGGGAGGAAUCAGCGUCAAGACUGACAUGCUUCCUGGAAGAGCAUUGAGCCGUCUUUAUAUUGCCAACGCAAAUCGACAGGACACUGGAAAUUAUACUUGCAUGCUUGGCAACGAUAUUUCAGGAACCGUCAUGGUUCACGUCCUAAAUGGCGAAGAGCCAGCCGCAAUGCAACAUGCAUCAGGAGCUAAGUUGUGCUCUCCGAUUUCGAUUGUGAUAGUUACAAUGAUGGCAUCAAAGAUUUGUCUACGAUGACAACACUAAUACGAACUAUUUGACACUAACACCAACACCACUUGUCCAAAUCUGCAUUUUUCAUGUCCGCAUAAUAAAGGGUUGUUUUAGAAUAUAAAUAAAAUUAGGUGCAUAUUACAAAUAAAUGAAUAGGAUAUGAACCCAACAAUUUUUACAAUACACAAUAGAAUAAAAAUGUAUAUAUAAAUGUUCAUAAAUUAUUGAAAAGAGUAAAGAUGUAUGUUAAGACUUUAACUUUUUCAUGCAUACUUAAACUCACUGUAUUAUAAUUGAAUUUUUUUCAUUUUUAUACAAAUAUUUAAAUACAUAGAAAUUUAUAUUUAUAACAAUUUGCAAUGAUCAAAAAUGUCUGGAGAUUAACACAUUUUCGGAAACGUCGAUCCUUAGUGAAACUAAUGUACCAAGAAUAUUGCGAACUGAAAAGUCUUUCAAAAUUUUGUUAAACGAAACCAUAAAUUAGGUUCUAAGAAAAUGAUAAACUUCCAAAUGCAAAUUAUUAUUAACGGUUAUUCAUAUUUGGUAUCUGUUAAAGGUCCUAACCUGGACAUUUGUCAACUAAAUAUUCACAUAUUAUCUUAAACCAAGUCCGCGAAACAGCUUUCAGUGAGAAUGAAGGCAAAGAAGUCAUGAAUUGUUCAGUUUCUAUAUUGUUAAAAAUAAUAAUAAGAAAUUUCCAAAGCUUUUUAAGUCUUUCUUAAAUUUGUCGUGGCAUUUCAAAACUAAUUUUGAUAUUCACUAUGAUCGGAACACAGUGAUAUUUAAGCUUCGAAUUUUGUGUAUGUAAAAUUUACAUAAAUUUAACACUUGUUUAAAAUCUAUAAUUUCAGAACUUAAAACUAUUAAAUUGUUAUCAACAUCAUCUACGAUACAGUGUUGAUAUUACUUAUAUGUAUGAUUUGAAAUAAAAACAAGUGGAUUAUUUUAGAACCAAGAACAAUUUACACAAUUCAAGGCGAAGAAAACCUUUUAUAAAUAUUAAUUAGCUUACAAGUAAAUACAAAACAUUCUAUUUAGAAUUGUAAAACGAUCAUCUAAGACGACGUCAAAUGCGAGAAUUUGUUAAUAAUAUCAGAGAAAGUUAUGCUUAAAUACAUUAUAUAAAUACAAAAGUAUCUCUGAGGCUAAAAAACGUGAAGGAGCCAAAUUUUAAAAAAAUUAAGAAAAAAUCGAGUGAGAUAAUGAAACAAUACUUAUAGAGAAAUAAAGAAAGCAUACAAUUAACUGGAAAUCAAAAUAAAAAUAAGUAACAUACAUAUGUACUCGUAUUUAUUUAAGCAAGAUUGUUACAUUUUUUUACUCAUACUACAUCCAUAAAUGUGUCGUUAACGAAAAUCAAUCAAAUUUACAUACAAACGUAAAUACAUACAUAUAAUACAUACAAGUAGAUAUGUGUAAACAUAUGUAUAUCAAUAGCAAAUCUUGCGAAACAUUUCCGCGACUGCUACUUUAAAUUACUUACUAAAAAGAAUUGUAUUUUUUUUUUUCAAAAUAGAUUCAAAUUUCGACAUUUCUAAUUCAACACAAUUUUUUGCUUCAUAGUUACCAUAUUCUGCCCCUUCCAAUAGAAAAAGGAUUAAUAAUUUAACGCACACCUCUUUAUACUAUCUGAAUGAUGUUGGAGUAAAUUUUUAAUUAAAGUGAUUAGUAAAGAUAACUUUUGGCAAUGGCUUUAUUUUGUUAAUACAUCCAGUGCAUUUAAAUCUUUUGAAUAAAAGUGAGGUGAAGAUAAUUCAAAUAAUUCUAAUUUUGUUUAUAAGUAAUUUUUAAUAAAUUUACAAAACUGCACUGAAUAUUUUUUAUUACUAUAAUUACUGGAGCUAGUACAUAUGAAUAACAUAUGUGUAUUUCAUAUUUACCAUAUAUUACAUAUAUGUAUUUUACAUGAUUUUUAAUCUGGGUAUUGUUUUAAUGAAUUUGUAUCGGACCCUUGAGAAGCAAUAAAAUUAUUUAAAGUCAAACUAAUUAGUUUCUUAUGAGCGGAAAUGAGUUUUAUCGAAAAUAAAUCAUAAUUGUUAGCAAAAACUUAAAUCUUAGAUGCUGCUCAUACCUAAGUUGUUACUUUAAUAUAUUCCGCGGAUUGUAUUUCUCCACCACAGAAAGCAGACACGAUUUAAGAAAGAGUUUGUUUAUUUUCGACAUUUUGCUAUUUUAUGGGAAAAACUGAAAUUUCAGAGACGUCAGCAAAAAAGAUCGUCUUGUGAAAUAACGGAUAAUUAACUUUUCUAAGUGUCCAUUCAGCAUUGAAUAAAUACCAUAUUAAACAUAAGUUUUUGGAAAUAGCUCGCUAAAUUUAUUUCAAUCAUUUAGUUACAUUACAAAGAGGAAACUUAUAUUCAUUUAAAAAUCAAAGUCAGUGUGAAAUUUGGAAUCUAUUUUUUUGUUUUUGGUUUUUUUUCAUAAUUUUUUAGUAUAGUUAAUUAUUGGAUAGCCGCUCAGUGUAGUCAGUAUCCCAAUCAGUUAGUCUUUAAACGCAAUUUUAUCGAAACAAAAUUUUUCGAAUUUGCUGCAAAGAUAACUCAGAGACAACUGGUCCGAUCAUCAUAACUUUUUUAUUGUUGGAGAUUUAUAAAACAGCUGUUUUGGACAUUAAAAAUAUAGUACAUAGUUUAAUAUUUUUUUUAAGAAAACAUUGUAAUGCCGUAUUUUGUUUUACAAGUCUUCUUGUUUAAAAUGUUUUCCCUUUAAGGUAAAUAAAGGACGAGUUUUUGAUUUGGGAAGUCGAUUGAGGGGUGAAUUCAGAUGUAUUGGUUUUAAUCCAUAGGUUUAUUUAAAUUUUUGCUUGUUUUUCUCUUUGUUGUAGCUAAAUCAGCUGUAAUAAUGUAAUAGAUUUCAAAAGUGGGCAUUAAAUCAGAGAUUAACCGUGCGAUUCUGUACUGUGAUACAGUCACAAGUCUCUAAAAUUGAGAUUUUAAAUUAGAAACAUCUUUUGUAACUUGAGACGAUUUUACAAUUCUGUAAGUGACAGUCACAAAAUCUAUUGCAUUUCAUUAUGCAGAGAUAUUUUUACACUUGAAUGAAAAUAAAUAUGUCGAUAACAAAGAUAAAAUUUUCUAUAACAUAGUCAAAAAACAUAAUUACCAAUAAAAAUAAAAAUAUAUGUUGACUUUGCUUGAUAAUAUUUACGAAAUUUAUGUAAAAUUUAUUUAUUUUUAACCUUUUCGUGUUUGAGUUGCUCACAAAAUAUAAAAAAACGAUAAUCGAUUAUUACCUAUGAUGAGUUCAGUAUAUUCAAAAUGGCAAACAAGAGUUCUUUUUAAUUUUGUGACCUGCUAACUAUCAGGUCACAAAUUUGAGACAAUAUUUUGACACUAACGCUAGAGACUGUUUAGUGAAUAGUAACUAGUCACAAAUUGAGACUUUACCUCAGAAUGUCUCAAAUAGUGACCAGAGACUGCUUACAGAAUCGCGUAUAAGUGUCGGUCGGAACGUGUAUAAGUAGUUGCUUAAGUACAUAUAUAACUGAAGCAUAUACACACCAGUAAGAGGUAAGAGUGUCCGUUCUAAAUUGGGUGCAUCGUAACCUUAAACAUUGCUGUAAUCAGAGGAUACCGCCUUGUUACUAUUCAAAUUAUUCAAUUUAUAGGAACGAAGACGAUACUUAAAUUCUUGUUAGUCAGGAUGGUUGUAAAACUGUCUUUCUUUUUCUUAUGAUUCGAAAUUGAAUUUUAAUUUAAAAAAUAAUUAACUCUUACAAUUUCAUUGCACAUUAAUAUAGACACACAUAGAAUACAAGUAGUAUGUAUUUGAACCCUACUGAAUUUGAAUAGAAUGUCUUCUUCGAAAUCAUAUACUUUAAAAUGAUUGAAUAAAAUUCUUGAAUUUUCGCUAAACAAUACAUUGCAAUAGAUAACCCAAAGCUUUUUUAAAUUUUCAAUUUUUGAAACUCUCAAUAAAUGUAUAUAACAUAAAUAUUGUAUAUAAGUUCAGGUAUGUGUUCGUAAAAGUACACCUAGAGGAAAACAUAUUGGUAGUUGAUUACAGUCGUAUAUCUCCAGUGCUAUCAAUCACAUUGUGUCAUAGCACAUAGCGUUCGAAAGAUGAGAUUUUAAACCUUAUUUAAUACGGUGACGAUGCUGUAUCAGUUCGUAGCACAACAAUGUUUCGCUCGCUUGCGUUCUGGAAAUUUAAAUUACGAUUUACACUGAUGAAAGUUUUACACUGAUGGAAUAUUGCCUCUAGCGGAAAAAUGGCAAAAAGUGGUCGACCAAAAUAGUACAUAUUUCUUUAUUUAUUUAUUAGUGUAA